GGGAGGAAGGGAGGGAGAAAGGGAAGGAGAGAAGCUGGAGCAGCAGCAGCAAUAGCAGUAGCAGCCCCAGCAGGCGUCGGAGCAGGCGUCGGAGCAGGCGUUGGAGCAUCAGGCGGGGGGGAGAGAAAAGAGAGAGGGAGAGGGAGCCCGAGGCGAAAAAGUAACUGUCAAAUGCGCGGCUCCUUUAACCGGCGAGAUCAGUCCGGCUCCGAGAGUCAUGGCGACCGCAGCGUCUAACCACUAUAGCCUGCUCACCUCCAGCGCCUCCAUCGUGCACGCCGAGCCGCCGGGCGGCAUGCAGCAAGGCACUGGAGGAUACCGAGAGGCGCAGAGCUUGGUGCAGGGCGACUACGCCGCGCUGCAGAGCAACGGGCACCCGCUCAGCCACGCUCACCAGUGGAUCACCGCGCUGUCCCACGGCGGCGGCGGCGGAGGCGGCGGCGGCGGAGGCGGCGGCGGGGGCGGGGGCGGCGGCGGGGGCGGUGGAGACGGCUCCCCUUGGUCCACUAGCCCCCUGGGCCAGCCGGACAUCAAGCCCUCGGUGGUGGUACAGCAGCCCGGGCGUGGAGACGAGCUUCACGGGCCGGGGUCCCUGCAGCAGCAGCAACAACACCAGCAGCAGCAGCAACAGCAGCAGCAGCAGCAGCAGCAACAGCAACAGCAGCAGCGGCCGCCGCAUCUGGUACACCACGCCGCCAACCAUCACCCGGGGCCCGGGGCAUGGAGGAGCGCGGCUGCAGCGGCUCACCUCCCUCCCAGUAUGGGAGCGUCCAACGGGGGCUUGCUCUACUCGCAGCCCAGCUUCACAGUGAACGGCAUGUUGGGCGCUGGGGGCCAGCCCACGGGGCUCCACCACCAUGGCCUACGGGACGCCCACGACGAGCAGCACCACGGGGAACACCAUCCGCACCCGCAUUCCCACCCGCACCAACAACCCCCGCCCCCGCCCCCGCCCCCGCAGGGCCCUCCAGGUCACCCAGGGCCCCACCACGAUCCACACUCGGAUGAGGACACGCCGACCUCGGAUGACCUGGAGCAGUUCGCCAAGCAGUUCAAGCAGCGGCGGAUCAAACUGGGAUUUACCCAAGCGGACGUAGGACUGGCUCUGGGUACCUUGUACGGGAACGUGUUUUCGCAGACCACCAUCUGUAGGUUCGAGGCCCUGCAGCUGAGCUUCAAGAACAUGUGCAAGCUGAAGCCUUUGUUGAACAAGUGGUUGGAGGAGGCGGACUCGUCCUCGGGCAGUCCCACCAGCAUAGACAAGAUCGCAGCCCAGGGGCGCAAGCGGAAAAAGAGGACCUCCAUCGAGCAGGCGGGCCCAUUGUGAAAGAGCUCCGAGGAAAUGUGGAGGUUAAAUACAUUUCCAGAGUUGUCCAACAGAAAGAAAGUGGCACUUUGAAGAGAACUAGGGAAAUAUUUGCCCUCAGACACCCCACAGAAAGUUCUCUGCCUUCAGUUUUCAUAACGUCAUCUCAAGGAAAUAUUUGUGCUGACGACAGCAAUUAAACUUGGGAACUCUGAAAAGAGUGAGUGUUUUCAUUUAAAAGAAAACAAUCCAAGAAUGUAAUUGUGUAUGCAUUUAUUACUACAAAAUACAUUUGUGCAUACAUAGGAGUUCUCUCCGAUUUGUGCACUGAUCUUAUCUUGAUUAGCUCAGGUUUUAUUUUUCAACUCAAAAUGUAUCAUCCCAUGCCUUCUUCUUCCAUCAUAUAUGGCACGAAAGGCCAGUCUGAUUUGGGCAGCUUUUUUUUUUCUCUUUCAUCGAGGGAGCCAAAUUAACUGGGGAAAAAAUUGUCAUCUUCAAUCCACCUCUUUCUUCCCUUUGUUAAUAGAUUUAAGUGCUUUCCUUGACCUUCUCUUCAUGGAAAAUGGUUAACUUUCCUAAAAGCAAAAGACUCUACAGGGAAGUCUCAGAGAAAACUUGAAACUAUUAAAAAUAAACAUCAAUAAACUGUGAUGUUACAUUUUUUAAAAUGUACUUGGCAAAAAGGUCAUUAAAAGGAAAAGACUUUUUUAUUGCUUUUAAUCUAAAAAGGUUUUGUUGUUAGCCAGUAUUAACUUUUUUUUUUUUUUUUGAUGAAACUCACUACCAUAAAUCACGGUUUGGUUUCCACACUGUAAUCAGUAGCCAGGGUUAGGUUUUUGUUUGGUUUUUAUUUUUCAGAGACUAUGCUUUUUCAGUAUUUUUUCAGAUUCUCAUAACUGAGUUUCAAAGUUUUGCCAGAUAAAUAGAGAUUUAUAACAGGCAUUUUAAUUUGCCUUUUUUGUAUUUCCCCAACGAUGGUCACAGUGAUAGGGCACAGAGCUGCUUUGGGGUGCAUCAAGCUGCUUGUUCUUUCAGUGUUGGGGAUUGGCCCUUGGUGAAGUAAUUUAGAGCAGGGCAGAUAUCCAAUGGUAAAGGGAGGAAAUGAAGUUUCAGAGACUUAUUAAUGCGUGGGUAAGGUCAGAAGACAGAGUUCAGAGGAUAUGUCUGUAGAUCCUCUAACUCUUAAAAGGUUUUAGUAAAACAAAAGUUACCACUGAACCUUACCACAAUGUACAUAUGUUUAAUAUUUGUCUUUUGAAAUGCAGAAAUAGUUUAAAUGUUUCUUUGUCUAUUUUUCUUUUUUUUAAAUGCUACCCAGGGAAAUAUUUUCAUAUCAUUUUUAAGUGGCCUGCCUCAAUGUAUAUUUAUUUCUUUUAAAGCAAAAAAGUUCUGGAAACUGUUUUUUUUUUUUUUUUCUGUAGCUUUAAAUGAUUAGGUGAACAAAAUCUAUAUGGGAUGUAUUUUUUUUUUGGUUCAGUCUCUUUAAGAAUACUUUGUUUUGGUACAUUUGGUUGUGCUUGUGGGGAAAAAUAAAAACGCAGAGAUCCUUAUA